CACACGGUCGCACCUGAACGUCCUCGAUGGUACGUGUGGCGCUUUAGGUACCCGCGCAUCAACAAGGAGUCGCUGCUGCCCAUCGCCAAGAGUUUGGACAGCGCGGAGGCGUGGUACCCGCCGGGUCACGGCGACAUCUACGCCAGCUUGGCCAACUCGGGCCUGCUCCGGCAACUCCUGGACGACGGGAAGGAGUACAUCUUCGUGUCCAACAUCGACAAUCUGGGCGCCACCGUCGACCUCCGCAUCCUCCGACGCCUCAUCGGCCAGCCGGCCGACAGGCGCUGCGAGUUCGUCAUGGAGGUCACCGACAAGACCCGCGCCGACGUCAAGGGCGGUACGCUGAUUCAGUACGAAGACCACCUGAGGCUCCUGGAGAUCGCGCAGGUUCCCAAAGCUCACGUGGACGAGUUCAAGUCGGUCACCAAGUUCAAGAUCUUCAACACCAACAACUUGUGGAUCUCGCUGAGCGCCAUCAAGAGGCUGGUCGACGACAACGCCAUGGACAUGGAGGUCAUCGUCAAUCCCAAGACGCUGGAGGGCGGUCUGAACGUGAUCCAGCUGGAGACGGCGGUCGGCGCGGCCAUCAAGAGUUUCCGCAACGCCAUGGGCGUCAACGUGCCGCGCUCGCGCUUCCUGCCCGUCAAGACGUCCUCUGACCUCCUGCUGGUCAUGUCCAACCUCUACAGCUUGGACGCGGGUUCGCUGACCAUGAGCCAAAAGAGGGAGUUCCCCACCACGCCGCACGUCAAGCUGGGGGGCUGCUUCACCAAGGUCCAAGAUUUCCUGACCCGCUUCGACAGCAUCCCGGACCUGCUGGAGCUGGACCACCUUACUGUGUCGGGAGACGUCACCUUUGGGAAAAACGUCUCACUCAAGGGAACGGUGAUCAUCAUCGCCAACCACGGCGACCGUAUCGACAUCCCCUCCGGAGCCAUGCUGGAGAACAAGAUCGUGUCCGGAAACCUCCGCAUCCUGGACCACUAACUAAAAGCGGACGGCGACAAAAAAACGAUGGCGGGGAAACCAAGCAAAAGUGCUCUUUUUCACAACGUUGACGUCUGGCCCGCAAGCAGGCCCGUUUUGGUCCAAGGUGACCAAACAGGAAGUUACUGUCCACGACCGUGCGUCUUUCAGGUCAAUAAAUAAAAAAAGUCAUUCUGGUCUG